AUGGAGAGAAUAGAAAAUCAAAUGGAAUAAGAAUAAAAGAGUAAAACAGAAAAAAUCUUAGUAAAUUUGUAAUAAGAAGUAGAGGUAAAAUAAUAAUUAAAUAAAUAUAAAUAGGGAUCAUUCAACAGAAUUCAUGCAUAACUUGAUCAAUUAUUGAAUGAUAAGUGUAAUUUGAUCAAUAUAUUACCAUCUUAAGUGUCAUCAGAUUUACCAAAACUCAAUUCUAUUCCUUUACUUCAAUUUUAAAAUGACGAUUUCCCAUAAUUAAUCAUUCAAAAUGUGAUUCCUUUAAUCAAAAUCUAUAGUCAGGUCCAACUAAAAAACAACGCGCAAGUAAACUUAAACAUUUACUUAGUAAUUAAUAUAAUAGAAGGCAAAUUAAUAAAAUGAGCAUUGUCAAGAAAUUGCUAAGCCUAUUGAAAAAUUCACUCAACCACCGUAAGCCCAAAAUUCACCAAAUUUCAUAUUCAGCACUGUUCUUAAAUCUCCAACCAUUACAAUAAUAGAAAAAAAGAAUGCUCAUCAAACAGCAAAUUAAAUUUAUGAUAAUAGAUUCAUUUUAAUUGAACCGCGAAUUAUGACGUCUUGUAAGAUUGCAAUCAAGAUUACCUAUUUAGCUAAUUGGAUUGGCAUAGGGAUAGCUUAUAAAAAUGUACUUUCCUCGAAUAAGUAAAAAAGUAUUAUAAAAUUUAAGUAUGAAAUUUGAUUGGAAUUACUUGGGACAUGGUUCUUACAUGAAUUCAUCAAACACAUGCACCUGGUCUCACUCUAAAAAAGAAGAGAAUAUGGUCUAGAAAUCAUUCACUUUUACAACGGGUGAUAUUAUUAUUGUGGAUGUCAGUUUAGAAAAUAAGGUAAAUCUUGUUCUCAAAUUUAGACACUCAAAUUUACAUGCAAAAAUAAACGGAAUGAUACUUAAGUGUUGACCUUUGAUCCACCAUAUAAUGAUGAUAUUCAUUUUUGCAUCAAUAUGUGUUCUUCUGGAGAGAAAGUGGAAAUCUUAGAUGAUUGGGAAUGA